AUGUCUCAUUGCACUAAACUCUCCAGCCACUGGAAGAUCAUUAUUUGGGAUGAGGAGUGCUUCCAGGGCCGCCGGCAUGAAUUCACAGCAGAAUGCUACAAUACCAUGGAGUGUGGAUUUGAAACCGUGCGCUCGAUGAAGGUGGAAAGUGGAGCCUGGGCGGGUUAUGAACACUCGGGCUUCCAGGGUCAACAGUUCGUCCUGGAGAGAGGCGAGUAUCCACGCUGGGAGAGCUGGAGUGGCAGCAAUUCCUACCACACCGAGAGGCUGACCUCUUUCCGACCGAUCGCCUGCGCUAAUCACCGUGAAUGCAGGAUGACCAUGUUUGAGAGGGAGAACUUCCUGGGCAGGAAGGGGGAGCUGAGCGACGACUACCCUUCUCUACAGGCCAUGGGUUGGUGCAACAAUGAAGUCGGAUCCUUCCGUGUCCACUCUGGCGCGUGGGUGUGCUACCAGUACCCUGGUUACCGUGGCUACCAGUUCAUCAUGGAGUGUGACCGUCACUGUGGAGAAUACAAGCACUGGCGGGAGUGGGGCUCCCAUGCACAGACCUUCCAAAUCCAAUCCAUCCGCAGGAUCCAACAGUAG